UCGUACAUCGAAUAUGUCAACCAUUGGAAUAUUGACGGUCUCAUUGAUAUACCUGUUCUCUAGAGCGUCAUGCCAAGUAACUAGGACUUUGGGAAACAGCAAUGACGUUUGUAUGAGAAUUGCUAAAGAUCCUUACUUCGAUAUAGAUUUAGUGGUAGGUGAACCAUGGAGGAUUUACUACAGUUGGAAUAUGAAUUUGGAGACGAAGUGCUUGGACUUGGUUAUUAGAAACGCAACCCAAGAGAUAAUCAAGAGAAUAUGGACAGACAUGAGCGAGUAUUUGGAACAACAGCCGUAUUGGGAGGCCGCGACCCUCCACAUGAGCAUGGGGUCCCCCUCACACGAACUGCUGCUGUUCGCUGCUCAAGGUGCCGCGGGGACAUUCUUGGCUGUACCUAAUGUUGUGCGGAAUUCUAAUAUAAAGCCUAUGCGAAAAGGAGUUCCCCUACUCAAGUUCCAAAUGAAGUUAAUUCGCAAUGGGAAGUAUCUCCUGAUGAUGGACUGCCACGUGGGCGCCUCGACCCUGUCAGCUCGAGUGGGCAGGUCCUACCGCACGGAGAUCGCUGCUGAGGCUGCGGCCUUGAACCUUGGAGACGGCCAUCCAGCUUGUGUUAAUGAGAAGAAAGACGAUGAACAGUUCUUCCUUAAUUAG